CUUAUAUUUUACAAUAAUUACACCACCAGUACGUGAGGCUUUGAAAGAAAAGUGUCAACCAAGUAACAUUAUUGGAGAACUAUCGAUGAAAGUUAUUGUUUGCAAAGUCUCUAAAAAUCGAUACCAACAUUUCGCUAUUCAAGUAUAUCCAAUAAGUUUUAUUCCGGCGAAAUUCCAAACAACUUCAAUUAGAAUAUUGAUCUAUUGCUGCCGGGUGUCGAGGGUUAGUUUCAUUGGGACAGAUGAGGAAAGACGACUUGACAGCAAUGUAGGAUGCUUAGUCUUAAACUGGAUCAUGAUUUACCUGAAUGGAAUAUUAUUCUUUGUAUUAGUUUUCUUUAACCAAGGAGCAGGAAGUGCGGAGUUUGAGUACAUUCAGAACACAGUUCAAGAGAAUGAGGCCUCCUUAGAUUGCCGAAGCAGGGGAAAGUACCUUGCUGUAGUCGACAGCCAAGAGAAGUUCGACCAGGUUUACAAUAUACUCACCAACGGUGGAAGGGAAAUGCCUUCAACUGCGGUUUACAUAGGAUUGACGUACAACACAGCUGGUCAACAGUAUGAAUGGGUGGACGGGACCCCGGUGAAUUGGGUCAACUGGUUUGUCAAUGAACCGUACAAUGUGGACACACGUCAUUGCGUCAGACUCGACCUUGACUCUAACCUCAGAUUCCGAACGACUGACUGCUCCUAUCAACAUCACUACCUGUGUUCUUCAACAGGGACAGCAGUGACUGUGGAGCCCAGCACGAAUAAGAAAUCAUCAAAUGAUGUUAUGAUAGUGGGCCUCUCCGUCGGGUUCGGUGUGUCGGCUGCCGUGAUAGCAGUUUGUUGUCUCAUGUGCUACUGCUGUUGCAGCUCACGUGACGAACCAAAGCGCCCUCUACUGCUUCAUCAUAACUGCCCUCCAAAGCCCAGAGCUGUGGUGGGGAGUCUUCGCAGAAAGGAUCCGCCAGGACCUUCUGUAUAUUAUAGUAAAUAUUCGUCCAGUCGGAAUAGCAAUAAUACAUCCUGGACCGGAAGUAGCAGGAUGGACGAUGUAGACGAUGAUUUGGACAGUGUGGUGAUUAAUCCGUCGGAUAGACGUAUGUCGGUUUACAGUGGGAGUACAGGUGACUAUCAGCGCGAGAGAAGUAGUGCUUCACCACGUAAUCCGAACGAAAUAUUACACUAUAUAUAGAUAUUGAACUAGAUAUCACUACACUGUAUAUAGAUAGUGAAAGAGAUAUCACUACACUGUAUGUAGAUAGUGAACGAGAUAUCACUACACUGUAUGUAGAUAGUGAACGAGAUAUCACUACACUGUAUGUAGAUAGUGAACGAGAUAUCACAAUGUCUAUAGAUUUUUAACAAGAUUUUUACAAUAUAAUAUGUAAAUGAUGAGUGAGAUAUUGCACUACAUGUUGCAUUAUUUAUAAUUGUUUGAUGAAGAGUCCAAUGACAUAUCUAAUACAUCGAUCGAGAAUAUUACACCUUCUAUUUAUAGUAAUUUCUGCAUAUAAUACGAUUUGGGGUAGAUGUAAAACAUUCUACUAUGAAAGUCAAAGGUCUUCAGUUUGGAAAUCUGAUCGAAUGUGAAAUUUGGGUAUUUUGCUGCCAUGAAACGUGACUUAAGCGAGCUGUGUGUAAGUUCGAAUUUCCGAGCUGAGUUUUUGUUGUUUUAACGGACAUCAUGGUUGAAAUGUUCUUUAUUUUAGUCACAGGAGAACGUGCUUUUGCACUUGGAUAAAACUCUCCAUACAACAUGGGGUGAAACGAGUCUGUUAAAAUAAGUAUUUGCAAGCGUACUGUCGAUAUGAUACAUAUUGUAUGUGUUCCAUGUAAUCGUACUGUGCUUAAAUUAGAUCUUUGUAUUAUUGGGCCGAAUUUUAAGUUUAACAGUUAUUGAAAGUGUCUUUGUUACUUGUUGAACGUGCUAGUUGGAGAAUGAAAUCAUUCGGUUUAAUUUCAAUUAUUUUCAUAACUUCUUCAUGAUUUUUUAAAGUUGAAUUAGUUUUAUUCAGUAGCAAUAUAUUAGUAGGUGUACGUUUACUUUUUAAUUCUUUAGAAUUGUUAUUAAGUUUGUUAAUAUUAUUCAACAGAUGUGGACACCGAAUUGUUAAAUUUUCAAUAAAGCCUAUUAUCAUCUACA